CGUUACUCGUUGAGGUUAAUUGCUAAAGUUAGUUCAAUUUCAAUUCAAACUAAACCUGUUGACGCCCGAUCUAGGCCUACCUAUUUCAUUUUUGUGAUCCUCAUAUUUGUAAUUUUGAUUAUUUCAAUUUUUAGUUUGCUUGCAAUAUACUAAAACUAGGCCUAGCUCGAUUUAUUUUCAUAUUUGUGAACCUUGUAAGUAGCCUAGGUCAAGGUAUAGACUAAAAGGUUUUUAUGUUUAACGAUGUUUCCAGAGAAUUGAAUAGCCUAGGCCUAUCAAUUGGCCAUAAACUAACUGGAACUACUUAGUUUGAACCCGUUUGAAGUGUUUUUCUCCGGGCUGAUUUCUCAGAUUUUUACAUGUUAAUUUUCAGACAGAUGAAAGACUGAUUUUUGAAUCAAAAUGUCUGAGGGUGCUGUAAAUCUUAUUCUUCAAUCCCUAUCUAAUGAGGAAUACCACACAAUUCCUGACAACGUUCGUGAGAAGAUUGAGACAUGUAUAAAUGAACAUUUGCAAAACCUUUUAACUUCCAGAGCGAUAUUUGAAACAACAAGGAAAAGUAAUGACGACAAGAUUCAAUCUUUGACAGAACAAAUAAAGCUCUUGGAACAAGAAAAAGAACAAGUUAAUAGUGAUGUAACUUCGCUCAAAGAUGAGUUAGCUGAAGUCCAACUGAAUUUAGAAGCAACUAAGAACGAAAAUGAAAAACUGGAGGAAACAAUUAAAAAGCUGGAGAGCGAGUCCCUCGAAUACCGACGGCAGCGAGAUUUGGCAUUGGACGAGCGCAACGAAGCCUUGGAGAUGGUGGAGAGGCGGAACAACGAGGUGCGUCGUCUGCAGGAGGACUUGGCCACACUGGGCAGUCAAUUGCAGGCUGCCGUACAGUCCAAGUGUGAGGCGCUGGCCAACGCUGACGAGGUGGACAGCUUAAAACUCUCAUUGGAAUACAAAGAGAAGCGGCUGGACCAGGAGAGAGCAUUGCUAAACCAGCAGAUCCACAGUUUGACAGAGGACCUGGCUAAACACACCGAGGACAUGACCGCAAUGCGGAGGGAACACACCAACAACUUGCUCACACUGCACAACCAGCUGUCGGAGAAAACUGAGGAGCUGAAAAUUGCAAACUCUGCAAAUUCCCAACUGACAGAAACGAACAAGACAUUGAACCAGAAAGUAGAAUCACUGACUCAGAAGUUGAUUGGGCAGUGUGAUAUUGAAAGCAAGAUGAAUAAUUCCUACAGAGAGGAGAUAAAGGCUCAAACCAAGCUAGCAGAACUGCACAAAGGUAUCAGCGAGGAGCUGACAGCCAAGAACCAAGAGCUGACCGAUGCUGUGCUGGAACUGCAGAGAGAGUUGAGGGAGGCGACCGAGCAGUACGGAGAGUUAGAGGCCAAGCUGAAGGAGCGAGAUGUGGCGUUGGAGGUGACUACGGAGAAGAAGAACCUUUGUAUACAGGAAUUGAAGAAGGAGCUGGAACAUGCCAACCAGUUGAUGGAGGCAGUGAAGCAACAGUCGCUGGAGAAGGCAGUAGAGAGUCUCUCCCCAGCAGCGGCCGCCACCAGUCGUCUGCUUAAGUCAGGCCUCACACUGACACAGCUGUACAUGCAAUAUGCUGAGACUGCUGAGCAACUCAUGUUGGAGAAGCAGGAGAAUCAACGACUCAACCACACCAUCACUACAAUCAUGCAUGAGAUAGAACAGAAAGCACCAGUAUUGAAGAAGCAGAGGGAAGACUAUGACUAUGCAAUGUCAACGGUUGAGACUCUGACAUCGCGAAUGGACGAGAUGGAGGUUGAAACUUCUCGGCUCAGAGCUGCCAAUCUCGAGGCUGAAAAAGUCUCAACUCAUUUCAAGAGGGAGAAUAAGAGACUGCAAGAAACAAUUGGUGACCUUGGACGACAGGUUUGCUACUUACUCAAAGAAGUUGAAGAAUCAAGAGGAAACAAUGUUGCCAUGAACACAUCUCCUGGGCGAGUGUCUGAGAACCUGUCUACGUCAUCUCAGGUGAUAUCCAAACACCUAGUGACAUUCAGAGACAUCCAGGAAAUGCAGGUGCAGAACCAGAAGUUGCUGUCUGCUCUGAGAGAACUGAGUGAGAAACAAGAACAGGCUGAGCAAGACAAGGAGUCCCAGGUGGUAGAGCAACUAGAGGGCAAGUUGCGACUGGCAGAGCAGCGAGUAGCGUCUCUACUGCAAACAGAGACUCACUACAUCAAGAUGGUGGACAUCAUCAAGGGACAGCGGGAGAUGUAUAGAACACUGUUCCAGCAACAGGUGGCUGGCCUACCUCACACCAAGAUAGAGGAAUUGGAGAAAUCUCUUGAGUCAGACACAGCCUCGAUGCCUGGAACACCUGAGAACAAGUCUUCCACUGCCAAGGCGAUUGCCUCUCCUGCAUUGCAACUCAAACUGGACAUGAUGGAACAAAAGUUGAAAGACAAGAUAGAAGAGUUGAAGCAGUUGCAAGAAGAGUUUAACACAUACAAGAAGGAGAAGCAGACCAAUGAGAAGAUGGUGAGCGAGUCGUUGGACAAGGCUAGAGAGGAAGCUCACACAUUGGCCGUUAGCAAGAGUGAGAUUGCUGCCCGCCUGGAGUUUGCGGAGGAGAAGUUUAAGGUGUUAAAGGCCAACGCUGAUGCAUACAAAGCCCAGAUCCAGGCUUUAGAAAAGAAGAACAACAACUACUCGGUCACUAUCGGCAAACAUGAGCAGUCAAUCACCUACCUGAAAGAUGAAUGUAUAACAGCGACCAAGAAGCUUGCCCAAGCAGAAAUAACUCUGGAAAACCUCAAACGUGAACACCAGAUACUGAAGGAGUCCGAGGCGCGACUACAACAAGAGAAGGAGUUGACCGAGCGCCAAACCAACAGCCAAGCUCUGCUGAUGGCUAACCUAGAGAUGAUCAAGAACUCAUUUGAGCGCACAGAGACUGAAGGUCGGCUGCGGCUGGAGUCCAAGCUGGAAGAAGCACAGAAAGAGUGCUCAGCGCUGAGGCGACGACUACAGGAAGAGCAAGACAGGUUCCGAGAGCGGACAGACGCGUUGGAGCGUGCUGCAGCAACUGCACGCAGCAGGCUAGACGAAGAGAAGGAAGUGGCACUGGGACUGAGGGCGGCGCUAGAGUCUACCAGACUGGAACUGCGCCAGACCAAGGAGGCGGUGGAUCAGCUGAGCAACAAGGUGCGGACAACAGAGCACAAGGUGGUGCCCGACCCCAACACUGAAAAACGAGCUUCACAGCUAGAACAACAGCUGGCAGAGAAGGAUGGUGAACUGGUUUGUCUGAGAGAGCAGCUAGAGGCAGCCAGGAAGCAUGGACAGGAACUGUCUGACUUGGCCUCUACACUGGAGAAACAACUGGCGGAGGUGACGGCGGCUCACGACAAACAUCGUGGAGAGGCAGACACACAGUUGAAGGCCAUGUCAGCCAGAGAGGCGGAGAUGAAGAAGACGUUGGCCGACUUGGAGAGCCGUGUUAGCUGCUUGUCUGCGGCCGCACAGCAAGACGGUUGUCAGGCUGAGCUGUCGUCUGCUACAGCACAGUUGGCCAGCCUGAGUGUGGAGGUGGCCAGCCUGCGGCAGGAGCUGAUCGUGUCCAGACAAGCGUGUCAGGCGGCCGAGGACAAGUACAGCCAUGAGAUGAUGCUGCACGCUGAGGACAUGCAGGCGAUGAGCAAGGUGAAGAAGGAGCUGCUAGAUGUGUCAGGACGUGUGGAGACAUUAGAGGCUGAGCGGGAGGCCGCAGUAGAGGCUCUGAGACUGGGCAAGGAGGGCUGGGCCUCAGCCGAGGCCGCUCUGCAAGCUCAGGUGUCCGAGUUGAACUCUCGACUGACAGAUCUGGACAAGCAGAACUCGCUGUUACAUGAACAGCUGCAGGAGUUGGGACUCAAAGUAGCAGUUGUGAGUUCAACAAGCAGCCAGGCCAACACUUCGCUGGACACGUCAAUGGAGGACGACAUGCGCAGCUCUGAUCAGCUGUUGCAGGUGCUCAAGUACAUGAGGAGAGAGAAGAAUAUCGCUGUGGCACAAGCUGACGCACUGCGAGCCGAGACACUACGACUGAGAUCUCAGGUGGAACUACAGUCUCGUCAGCUGAUGGAAGCCAGACAGAUGUUGGACACAGAGCGCAGUCAGAGUCAGCUGUCUACCACUACAGCCACCAAACAUGAGGAGCUGCUCAGAAAAGUGGAUACGUUAAACGCUCUGACUGACAGCAACCGAGUGUUGCGAGAGGAGCGAGACCGGCUGGUAGAGCGUGCGGCGAAGCUAGAGAAACAGUUGGCAGCAGUGGACACAGACGUGGUUGCGCCAUACAAGGAACAGUUGGCAAAACUGAACAACCAGGUGGAUCAGCUGGCUACAGAGAAUACAGCACUCAAGGCUGAGGCAGCUAGAUGGCGUAGCCGAGCCAAUGCUCUGAUAGAAAAGCAAAACAAAAACAGCCCCGAAGAUUUUAAACGAUUAACCUUGGAAAAGGAGAACUUGACAAAGCAAUUGGCUGCAUUGACAGAAGAACUGAAGAAUACUAAAUCAGAAAAAUCCAAAGUAGAAGAGCAACUAAUGAAUGUGAGGAAGGAGAAAGAAGCUCUGUCAGAGCAGCUGGCAGCGGCACAAAAGGGUGUGACUCAGGCUAGAGCAGAGCUCACGGAAGUCAGAGCCGAGCAAGAGAAGAAAGCUGAGGAGCUCGCCAAGGUGAGUCAGGACUUGGCUUCACAAGAGGCAGUGAUCACUGACGUCAGGAACAAGGAGAUGCAGAUCCGCCAAAUAGCGAAGAAGUACAAGACUCAAUACCAAGACUUAGUUAAACGUAACGAGGAGGAAGAAAAGAAAAAGAAAGAGGUCCAUGUUAUGAGUGUGGAAGAACAGAAUAAACUAAGAGAAGAAGGUAGACAGGAAGCUGAACGCACACAGGCUGAACGUUUGAAGCAGCUCACAGAUCAGGUCACCGCGGCCCAGACGGAAGCUACCAGUCUGCGCCAGGAGGUGGAGCAGCUGAGGACGGCCAAUGCUGAUAAGGAGGAGAGAGCCAAGGUUCUGCUGAAGAACGCCAGGUCUCGCAUCAUGUUUCUCACUGAAGAGAAACGCAAACUGUCCGUAGAGAAUACAGAGUUGCAGCAAAAAGUCGACACUCUGGACAGAAACAAGGAUGACUCUGAUGUGCGUCAGAGACGGGCAGACAAGGAGAAGGCGGACCUCAUCUCUGAAAAUGAGCGGCUCAAGAGAGAGGUGGAUCUGCAGAUGCAGAGGGUGACCUUACUGCAGCGUCAGGUGGACAAACUGCAAGGUGGCGUUAAACCUUCCACCAGCUCUGGUGUCGAGAAGAGUUCAGUGGAACCUCCCACGGCCAACAUCAAACCCAUGGCCGGGCCCUCCUCCUCAGGGACUAAACAACAACCUACCCAACACUCAGUGACAGUGACGCCAUGGAGGGGAGGCACCAGCGAGACACCAUUCGCCAGUAUCAGGCCAAUGAGUUUGCAGUCUCGUACCGUGGCUGUACUGCCCACCACCAAUCAGAGCAGCAGCAGUCAGGCAGUGUUGGUACCCCCACAGCAGCAGAUGGUGCAUACCUCUACAGGUAGCAGUGGUGGGGCCGGGGUAGGCAGUGUGGAGGGACUCAGUUCCUCCCCCACCUCCUCUCACACGGACUACAUGCCAGCCACCAGUAGUGGUGUGGUAGUGAUACGUCAGGCUACAGUACCUCCUACACACUCACAUACGCAGCAUGCUCCUCCUCCUCCGUCCAGUGCGGCUGAGUCUACCCAGGAUGUUGAGGCUGAAGACAGUAUUCAGCCAGCUGGCACUGCCAACCCCCAAGCUAUAGCUCUAGUGUUGCCCCAGCCUACCGCUCAGACUUCCUCCCAGACCACUCAGACACAGUGCUUGCAGGGGAGUGGCCAAGACUCCUCGGUGGGCUCUCAACAAGAGCAGAGUGCAGAGCAGAACAUAGUGUCAGCCUCCAACCAUGUCCCGAGUGACCAGGGAUUGGUGUCUGCCAGCAGCAACCAGCAGACCAUGUGUAGCACUGUGCAAGCCUACUACCGCAACCAACAGGAGGUUGAAGAGUCUGGCCAGCCAGGGUCGUCGGCCACUGAACAGUCUGUGGUGGCCAGCAGUGAGGCUCAGUUAGAGGAAGCCAGCAACUCUCAGGAACAGUGCCCUCCACAGGCUGUAGCCAGCAGUUACGCCAACAGUAGCAACACAGUGACCACAUCCCAGGCUGGACCAGGCUCCAAGAGGCUCAGGGACUCAUCCAGCGUGCAAGAGGACGACAGCAACAAGAACAUGCCACCGGCCAAACGCAACAGAGUGGUGGCCAGCGGGGAGGGGGAGAUGCUGCUGAGAUCAGAUGGUCUGGAGGUGGAGUACCAGGUGCCUACGUCAUCACAACGUGACCAGGAGGACGACGUCAUACUCGUAGACUCCGAUGAGGAGGAGGACGAUGAAGGAUUGCCAGACGAUGGCGUGAGUGACCCGGGUUUGGAUGAUAAUCAAGAGUUUGAGGAGGAAGGUGAGAAUGAGGAAGUCUACGAGAUUGAGGUGUACAGUAGGGAUGAUCAGGAAAUGGCAAAUUAUGAUGUAGGCGAAGGUCCUGAUAUUGAUGAAAAUAUAACCGACCAAGGAAAUAAUGAAGUAGAAAUCAUUGAUGACAGCAAUGAAGUACCCAACCAGUCAGAGAGCAGUGUAGGUGUGGAGGUGGGAGGGGAGGCCACUAGCAGCCAGGGACAGGGGAGAGGAGAGGCCAGUGUGUCUAGCAACCAGGCGUCGUCAACCCCGGGCAGUCACUAUGUCAGAAGAGUGUCAGCAACUCACAUACCUCCACUCAACAGACAACAGCAACUGUUACUGCCCGGCAGCUAUGAGGAGGUAGGAGACGACAGCAUUGUGCCCAGCACCCCAACACUCUUUGUGCCUCGGCGCACGGAUGGCUUUGGUGAAGCAGUCAGCUCUCCGCACGUCCCAUCGUCUGGACGAUUCACCUUCUCUGACAACAACCCACCGACAACUAGAGCAGGAGUGGCCCAGGUCGCGUCAGAAGGUAUGGAUGACACUAGGAUGGACCUGAGCCAGUUAGAAGAUACCAGCACAGGUCGCAGUGUGCCGUCCACCCCACUUCAAGUCUCCCCACAAGAGCCUGUAGGAGGAGAGGUGGGACAGAGCAGUUCCACGGAGGACCACACAGAGGCCAACAACAAUCUACACAUUCCUACCAUCACAGUGACUACAGCACCCCAGCACUCUCAUCCGACACCAGGCCCAGCAGCAGAAAUGGAAGAUGUGUCGGCAGAAGGGCGGAAUGCAGAUGAACAGGACAAUGAAGGUGUGGAAGGACUGGAUGAGCCAGAGAUGGACCCUGAAGAGGGUGGGGAUGGGGUGAGUUCCGAGGGUGAGAAAUCGUCUGCCGCUGCAAUGGUGGAGGAGGCGGAGGAGGGACGGGAGGCGGAGGCUAGUGAGGCUAGUGCAACAGUUGUGGCGCGAGGUCCUACAGCGCGACGCUCCAUGCGACCAGGCACUGUGCGCGGCCGCACACCUAUAGUGUGGAACAAUGACGACCCACCCACCUCUGACAGAGGAGUCAGCCCCAUGUUCCUCAGAGGUAGAAAUAUCCCCCUCACCCGCAGCACACUGUUGGACCAAGUGAGAGGGCAAUUCCGGGGAAGGGCGAGGCGCAACAGGACUCCUUUCCAUUUUCAACCUCGGUUUUAGUUUAAGUUUUCAGACUUGGUUAACAUUUGUUGACACAUUUUAUAUAUUGUAGUUGUGAUAUUUUGACAUGUUUGUCAUACAUUCAAGAUAUAAUUUGUUUGUCCUUUAAUUUUUCUACAUGA